AUGGCGACCCUAGCACCAAGACAAGCCGGGUUCGUGUGCCGCUCGUGUCGAAAAGUCCUCGCAUCGAACCUCAAUCGCCGACAGUUGGUCUCAUUGGCAAACAUCACUUCAAAACCGGGCGCAUUACCGAAGUCUCACAGAUAUGCUUCUCUCCUCGCAAGAAAUAGGAAUACCCCUACAGCAGAACCGUCAGUCUCCGAGAAGGUGUCGUCACCGCAAUCACAGUCAUUCAAGACAUUAGACCCUGUCAAUAUCCCUCCAGAACUGUCCCUCCAAGCGUUCAAUCCUGCCGCAGGACUAAAACAGCUCAAAGACGAUAUCUCUCACCUGACGUCGCAGGAUGUUGCUGCUCCUACUGAAGAGGUUAUGGCUAUAAUUCUCAGGUGCUAUCAAUUUGCCAACUGCAUUGUGUUCGGGACAAGCACUGGUCCUAAUGAGGUGACAGAAAAGCCUGGGGAAGACUUGUCGCAGGCGGUGCUCCGUGACUUGGCUGAGGAUAGGGAUCUCUCGAAAGACGGUCCAGUGUUCGUGCCCGACAGGGAAAUGUCGGCAGCGUUCCGAGAAAAUGCUGCCGAAACAAUCGCCGAACUAUCCUAUGCGCUACUACGCGAUCCAAAGGUUUACAUUUCCGAAGAAGUGCUUCAGGUAUACGUUCGGAUUCAGUGUCUACUAGGAAGGCCGCAGUAUCUUCCGGAGAUUUUCCAUUUGUACGCUCACAAGAAGCUCCCGAACCAAAAUGCCAAGCCAGUCACGUACUCGAAUCCGUGGCCGAAGAUGCCCAAGUAUGCUAUCCCAUUUGACCUGGCCGAGGCGGCUCUAGAAUCGGCUAUCCUCAGCAAAAAUCUGCCGCUGGCGCUUGCCAUCAUCGAUACAACGGUGGCAACUCCGGCCUUCCAGGCAAACAAGAUCCUGCGACGUGCAACUUUGCCGGGCUUGUUCGUUACGGGAACGCCUCUAGCGGCAUACGCCGGGGCGGAUUGGGUAUCUAACUGGCAGAACACCAUGGACGUGGAAAUGGCCAAGUACACGGCCGUUGCAGGAGCCGUGGCUUACAUUGGGACGCUGACGACGAUCGGGUUCGUCGCGGUAACCACGGCCAAUGACCAGAUGGUGCGCGUCGUGUGGCGGCCGGGAACAGGCCUGGCGCAUCGAUGGAUCAAGGAGGAGGAACGAGCUUUCUUCGACCGACUCGCCUUGGCCUGGGGUUUCCAGGAAAAGCACCGAUGGGGCGAAGAAGAAGGGGAGGAUUGGCACAGACUCAGAGAUGAGUGCGGGAUGAGGGACAUGAUCCUUGACAAGACGGAUCUGAUGGAGGGCAUGCAAUAA